AUGUGUGACACGGCACCGGACGUGGUGGCGCCCGCCGCAGCAGCGGCCCUGGCGGCGCGGGAGAAGUGGGAGCUAAAGCCGACAGUGCCCUGGUUCUUGCAGGGAGAGCAGCUGCUGGUGGCGCAGCACCGCCGCGAGCUGGGCAACGUGGAGAUGCGCGCGCAACGGCCCGUGGAGGCGUUUGAGCUCUACAAGAAGGCGCUCUUCAUGGUGGAGUUUGAAGAGGACUUUCAAGAGGACAGCGAGGAAGAGCGAGAGCUGCCCGAUCUGCAGGAGGUGCAUGCGGAACGCCUGCGCUGUUUGAGCAACUUGGCCGCUGCCUCCCUGGCUGCGCUGGAAGAAACGGGCCAGGAGCCCAGUGUUGAGGGCUACGCAGGGAAGGCCAAGCGCUACGCGCACCGCGGGCUGCAGCUGCGGAAGGAUGAGCCGAAGCUUUGGUUUCGGAAGGGCAAAGCGGAGCUCCUGUUGGGUGAGAUUGCCUCCGCGGCCAGCACCCUCACGGAGGCUGCACGCUUGGCGCCACAAGACCCCAACAUCCGCAAGCUCUUGCAGGAGGCGCGCGUCGCCUGCGCGGCGGAGCGCUCGGCUCAACGGCACGUGGAACAUGCCAUGGGCGCCGGUGCAGCGGAGGUGGCCGGUGCCGAGCGGAGGAAUGAACCAAAGCCCAAGAAGCAGUUUGCCUCUGAGGAGGAGAGAAAGGCGGAGAUCGAGUACAACAAACGGCAGCUCUUGUAUCAUUUCGAGAAGGCCAAAGUGGAGCGCAAGAGUGAGAGUGAAGAAGACGAGGAGUCCCCUGAACGAUGA